AUGGUUGCAUUAUCGGCUGCUCACAAGAUAUCUCGAGUUGCUGUCAUAGGCGGCGGUCCCACAGGCCUUGCAGCUGCGAGAGCAUUAAGGGAUCAAGGCGCAUUCAGUAAAAUCACAGUGUUUGAACGAAAUGCCGAAGUGGGCGGAACAUGGCUGUUUUCUCCUCAAGCGAACCCUUCAUUGGAUAUUCCGUCCGUCAAUGCUUUGGACAUUGAACCACCAGGAAUCUACUAUCCGCCAAAAAAAGCUUCCAUGUACGCCAACUUGCGCACCAACUUGCCUCAUGCCGUCAUGUGCUUCCGGGAUCUUCCAUUCGAGCCAGGCACCCCCAUGUUCCCAACCCACGAACAAGUGCUAAAGUAUCUAAAGUCAGUAGCUGACUCAUGCCAGUUACAACCCAUGAUCCGACUCAAUACCUCUGUGCUGGACGCCGAGUUUCUGGAUUCUGAAUCCGUAUGGCGAUUGUCGCUGGUGGAAGUCGGAAAAGAAGGUAGAAAGUAUACAGAGGAGUAUGAUGCUGUGGUUGUUGCCUCGGGUCAUUAUACGGUUCCUCAUAUUCCUGCCAUUGACGGUAUUGUCCAUGCCUCGAAAAAGCUUCGCAUUAUGCAUUCUCGAGAUUAUCGCUAUCCCGAUGCUUACCGGGACCAAAAUCUCGUGGUUAUUGGUGGUGGCCCAUCAGCCAGGGAUAUUGUACGAGAGACGUCGAGCUAUGCGAAGCGGAUAUAUCACAGCAUGAGAACGGAGGAUGGGGCUCUUCUUUCGGCACAAGGAAGUUCGCUUCCCAACGUUCAGUCUACCACCGUUUUGACAAGAUUCAACGAGGAUGGAUCAAUCGAAUGCCAAAAUGGCACCAUAUUGAAAGAUGUCGAUACUAUCAUAUUUGCUACCGGCUUUCUUUACAGCUUCCCUUUCUUGCGAUUUGAGAAGGAUCUCAUUGUGGACGGACAAAACGUACAAAAUUUGUACAAGUACCUGUUUUACAUUAAGAACCCGACGCUUGCCUUUGUUGGAUUGCCUAUCCGCACGGUUCCUCUUCCAUUUGCGCAAUCGCAAAGUAUGGUCAUUGCACGAUGUUGGAGCGGCCAUGCAACCAUUCCUUCCAGAGAAGCCAUGUUUGAAGAAGAAGGGGCACGUCGCUUGUCCAAUGAUCGUUCCAACAUCAUUCUGGGGGCGGAUAAAGAAUUUGCACUUGUCGAUCGUAUGAAUGCGUGGGCCGAAGGAUGGCCAUUGGACAAAGAUUUGGCAGGGUGGCAAUCCACCGAUAUAGUGACGGGUCGUUUGCCGGAGUGGUGGAAGUCCAUGCGCAAAGCGGCGCCGCAGCUAAGAUUAGAACAACUGGGUCAUUAA